AUGGCGCACUCCCGAACGCACUCCGUCGACACGGAGAUGCACGAACUCAACCAGGAGGCUGACUAUCUCGAGGAGAAGACUCAUAUCGUCCCAGGCUCCAACGGUAGCGAUGCAAAGCUGCAGAGACAUGAUAGCGACCCUGAUGCAAAGGCCAUGGUCGUCGCGUCACUGAGGUCACAAAUCCAGGAUCUCUUCUCGCAGGUCUCCCAGCUCAAUAGCAAGCUGGUGAGCUCGUAUGACAGGGUGUCUGACCUCGAGGAUGAGCUGCAUAUUACCUCAGCGAAUCUACGUUCGACGACACUCAAGGUCUCAAAACUCGAGCUCGAGCUCGAGCGUUCGCGGCACCUCUCCGCUCUUAGCACAGGGCUGCUCGUCGAGAAGAAUCAUCUCACCAACCUGCAUACAUUCGGUCUUGUCAUAGGCCAAUCUCAGGGAGCGUUCGUUGCUGUAUCAUUUCAAACGCCUGAUCAGCUCUUACAAAGAGAUCGAGCCAAUUUUUACUUUUCAUUCCUUCGAGCUUAUCCUGUCGCUGCCCAGUCUCGAAGGCCGUUUACCAGCCUCGACUUCGGAAUCUGUCUAGAGAACAGUACUUGGGGCGAGACCGUGGUCGAUAUUCCGGGUCUGAAUCUCAGAUGGAUAUUAGGACCUCAUGGGGGAGUCAGCCAGUUACGCAACCAGUCAUGCCAGCCACGCUCCACGCACAAUGGCAAACAGCGUGUCCCGCCAAAGUCAGGUGAGAAGGACAGCACCCGGUCUUUGACGACCAGCGGGAAGCUCAAGGGGCCUCAGGAUGCGCGCAAUGAAAAGCAGUACAUCCUACGGGAGAGGAGAGGAAAGCCGGAAUGCAUCCCGACAUCUAAGCGCGAGGCUGACAUGAAGCUGCACUGGCAGUGGAAGUGUGAUGCGAGAAGUCUCACUGCGGGCUGCUAG